AUGUCUCCACCGCCAUCGCUGCUGCCAUCUCCACCUCCACAGCUGCUGCUCCUGCCACCACCACAACCGUUGGUAACAUCAGAAGAUGAGAGCAGAAACGAAUCGGAUUUGGAAAAUGUAGAUGAAUCGGAUGAAGAAUUGGAUGAAGAUGAAGAAUCGGGAGAAGAAUGGGUGGAUGAGGAAGAUAGUGACUCUGUAUGUUCUGAGCCACUAUCUCCUCGAUCGGAUGACAGCUAUGACAACCCGAGUAUAGAAGAAUUAAUUGAAGAAUUGUAUACCCCUAUCCUUCCUGGUGAGGAAAAAAAGGAUAGAGAGUUUUGGAAGAGGUACUUCCAACAGGUCCGUGAGAGUGAGGGAUUUGACAUUAGAGAUUAUCCUGGUUUCUGUCGAUUGGCUACCGUACACCCCAACUUUUUAAAAGGUCCUGCUAAUUUUGAAAUGUUGAAGGGUUAUGCUGGAGAGGCACUUGGGCAGUACAAUGAGAAAAAUGACACUAAAUAUGAGGUCAAGGAUAUUCUCAAGGUUAAUGGAUCUGGCUGUAAAGACAUCAAUUUCUUUAUUACCUUUACGGUUACGAAUGGCGAGAAGGAAUAUUUUCAAGCUAAGGUGGUGCGGCAUCUAGAUCAAUCUUUGGAUUUCCCGAUCGUUAGGCCAAGGGUGAAGGAAGGUCGGGACAUAGAGUAAUAUGUGAGGUGUGUGCAUCAUUUUGGCUGGGGUCAAGCUUUAGCUUUGCUGUUGUCAAUGUUGUUAGUAAUUGAAAGUGGAUUAUCUUAAGUCUAUAGUGUAAAUGUAAAAGGGAGGAAAAACAAUUGUUAGAAUUUAUGGAAUAUUGUUGGUUUAAGCUUAAGACAAUAUAAUUGUGAUGUUUUAUUAUU